AUGGUGUCCUACUACAACCACUUCGCGAUGUACCCGAAGAACCACAGCGGCAACCUGCCGUAUUCGGCCACUUCCGGUUGGUAUCCGAGCAACUACCAACACCAGCCGCCACAUCCGCAGUUCAUCGGGGAUGGCGAGUCCUCGCCACAGCCCGCCAUGUACUACCCACACCCGCACGUCUUCCACCCACAGUCCAGUCCGGACUGGAGUGGCCACGAGAACUUUUCCACGCCACCACAAACCGCGCUAGGGCUUUCCCACGGACCUAGUCCCGGAGCUGGUGGUUCCGGUGGGGGAUCAUCGACGGGUGGUGGUGGAUCGGGUUCCGGUGCUGGAUUGCUUCAUGGUGGGCUUCAUCUUGGGCAGAAUCCGGCUCUACACCCACACCACCAUCAUCACCACCCGCAUCAUCAUCAUCAUCAUCACAGUGGCAAUGGCGGUGGAACCGGAACCGGCGGAAGUACGCACGAUCAUUUGGCCGACGGGCUUCACAGCAUACCUUCACCGCCGAUUACGGUGUCCGGUAGUGACAUGUCCAGCCCGGGGGCACCGACGGGUUCCGCUUCACCACAGAUUACCCCUCGGCCCACCCCGGUUAAGAGUCCGUUCGAGUGGAUGAAGAAACAAUCCUACCAGAGCCAGCCGAAUCCAGGAGGCCUUAUCAACAUCUGCUCGGCACCAUCCCUGCAAGACUUCGCUCCGGUGGAAUCUGGCGGAAAAUGGAAAACUCGCACGAAAGACAAGUACCGCGUGGUGUACACGGAUCAGCAACGGCUCGAGCUGGAGAAGGAGUUCCACUACACGCGCUACAUCACGAUCCGCCGGAAGUCGGAGUUGGCCCAAAAUCUGCAGCUAUCGGAGCGGCAGGUCAAGAUCUGGUUCCAGAACCGUCGCGCCAAGGACCGCAAGCAGAAGAAGAAGGCCGAAACCGGUGCCGUAGUAGGCGGUGGUGGUGGUCUCGGUGGCCUCGGUGGUCAAUCCUUGGUGGUGGCUCACUCGCAGGCUCACAGUGUACACGCAGCGGCCCAGUCGGUGUCGAGCUUGCUGGUGGACACGAAACCGAAGCUGGAACCAUCGCUACACCUGUCACAUCUGCAUCAGAUGAGUGCGAUGAGCAUGGGCAUGGGUUCGAUGGGUUUGCAUCACCAUCACGGGCAUCAUCCGGCGUUGCAUCCGCAUCUGGGCGUACCGACGUCCCAGCACCAGCUGAAUCAGGCUGCUGUAGCUGCUGCUGCCGCGUCUCAGGUGCCACCGGCGUCGUUGAGCAUAAUGUGA